AUGACAUUCCUCCCCAAACAUGUCUGCCUUCUGCGCCCAUUUGUCAUUGUCGUUCUAAUCGCUUCCUUCUCAUCCGCAUGGCCUGACUGUGGCAAUGGCGCUGCUAGGUGUCACUAUGAAGAUGGCCAAACACCAAUGAGGCAGGAAUGCAAGGGAAACAGGUGGCACACUGUUGAAUGCUGCAACGAUUGUACGGAUUUCUUAGGGGCCAGCCAGGGAGGAGCCGAUUGCCUCUUUCCGUAUAGCUUGCAGAAUGGCAAAUGUCCAGCCAGUGACCUGGGUGGGAGUUGCUGGAAGAGCUCAAGCUGCUUAAACCACGUGCCCUGCGUCCGGGGCCAAUGCCAAAAGAGCUCUGGGAACCUAAAAACAUCUUGCAAGCCUGGAAUAGAGCGUUGUCACAGUCACCUGGAGUGCUUUGCGAAAGAAGAAAAAUGCUUAUACCCAUUUCGUGGGGAGUGUCUAUCCAACGACUGCGGAACGCCUGAAGGACUUGGGCCUGAUACGACGGUUCAGUGUAAGAACGAUCCUUACGGUGGCCCAUACGGCGGUCACAGGACCAAGUGUCUCCCGGUUCUCACUCCAAAUGGAAAAUGUGUAUCUGGCUUAGACUGCCUUCGAGGAGAUUGCAAAGACGGCAUCUGCACCGACGAUGGCAUUCCGGAUGGUAAACAAUGCAACCCUAGCAAUCCACAGUGUCGCGAGGGCUCAACCUGUAGCCCUUCACAUGUAAAGGGCUACAGGGAAACUCUUUGUGCACCGACACUUCACAAACCUUGUGAUCCUGCAAAAAAGAACGGCUGUGCGAGAGGGUUUCAAUGCUCGCGCAACGGAGAAUGUCUCUACGCAUUGCGAGAAGACUGUAUCCAGGAUGCAUGCAGCCAGCCCCUCAGCUUGAGUGCCAAUGCCACUGCGAAGUGCAUUAACAAUCCCUUUCACUAUACCCCUCCUAAAUUAUGCAUACCCAUACUUGCCCCGGGCUCACCUUGCGAAAGCAACGACGACUGCCAGAAGGGCGUCUGUACGAAUGGUAGAUGUCCAGAGAACCGCAAAUUGUUGGACGAGGAAUGCGUUCCAGGCCAAGAGAAGUGCGCAUACAGAACACAUUGCGAGGAGGAUGAAGUUGAAGCGGGUGGAAAUCAAGAAGACGAAGAUGAAGAUGAGGCGGCUGGAAAUCAACAAAUUGAAAAUGAAACGGGUGGAAAUCAAGAAGAUGAAGGUGGAGACGGACUUCGUUCCUUGCCAAAAGACAAGAGUGAUAUAAGAAGGAGAGAUGAUUCUAUUAAGUAUCAUUGCAGAUGGUAUAAUUACUAA